GUAAGCGACAUAGGCAGAUGGAUUUGUCUUGUUCGGUAAGUACCAAACUACCAGAAUCUUAUCUUCUCGCCAAGUGACACGUGUCAAAUCCAUCUCACAAGCUGCUUAAAAGUAAGACGAGACAUGAUAACAUCCACACGUAAGCUCUUUAAACUAAUCGUAUCUCCACCACCCAAUUACAAGCUAAGACACAUCUAAAAAACGAACGACAUGGGCCAUUAACGAGAAAGAGAACCCACCAUGCUAGCCUCAACCGGAGACGAUGAACCGGACCUGGUCGUGGGACAAGAUCUACCAACGGAAGCAGCCACUCCAAGGGUGCUGACUAUAAUCUCCCACGUGAUGGAGAAGCUAGUCGCACGGAAUGAGUGGUUAGCUAAGCAAACUAAGGGAUUCGGGAAGAGUUUGGAGGCGUUUGACGGGGUCAGAGCACCGAGCAUAAGUAUAGCCAAGUACCUUGAGAGGAUAUAUAAGUACACAAAAUGUAGCCCGUCAUGUUUCGUGGUCGGGUAUGCGUACAUAGACCGGUUGGCUCAUAAGCAUCCUGGUUCUCUGGUAGUUUCCUUGAAUGUUCAUAGACUCCUUGUCACUUGUGUCAUGAUUGCUUCCAAGAUGCUUGACGACGUGCACUACAACAACGAGUUAUAUGCACGGGUUGGAGGUGUGAGCAACGCUGACUUGAACAAAAUGGAGUUGGAGCUUCUGUUCCUCCUUGACUUCAGAGUUACAGUGAGUUUUAGAGCUUUCGAGAGCUAUUGCUUUCACCUUGAGAAAGAGAUGCUAUUAAACGGCGAUGCUUCUUCUCUCCAAGAUAAUGGGCCAGUGCAAGAAACUCUAUCAGUUGCAUCCUCUUUGUCAUCUUUAUAUGUUUAGCGCACACACAUUUCUCUGUCUGAUUGACAGAAAAAGUUUAUAAAAGAUAUUUAAAUUUAAUUUUAAGUUAUAAAACUGAACAAAUAUCACA